AGCUCGCGGGAAGAACCCCUCAGCCGUGUCGGGGGUUUCAACAGGCGCCAUGGGCUCGCGAGGCUCGGAGAUGAGUGACAGGGACUUCUUCUUUGCGGACAACUUGGAGCCACAUGCCACCAGGCGCGCGGAGAUCCUGAAAAAGCACCCAGAGAUCAAGGGCCUGAUGAAGCCAGAAUGGCGGAGCCGCAACACUUCUUCGCUGUGCAAGUUCUGGCGGGUUCCACCAGAGGCUACAGUGGCCCUCCAGAUUGCCAUGGCCUGCCUCGCGAAGCGGUGCUCCGUCUUCUGGUUUGUGGUUGCCGCCUACGUAAUUGGGGGUACUGCGAAUCACUCGCUUUUCUUGGCCGUCCACGAGCUGGCCCACAACCUGGGGGCCCAGUCGGCGGCGGCGAACAAGGUCAUUGGCAUGAUGGCCAACCUGCCUGUGGUGUUCCCGUACUGCAUCACCUUCAAGCCGUAUCACAUGGCGCACCACAGAAACCAGGGGGUGGAUGGCAUCGACACGGACGUACCGACAAUGCUGGAGGGAUACUUGAUCACUCGCAGCGCGGUAAACCGCGUGGACCACACGAUUCGCAAGGCCAUCUUCAUGUUCUUCCAGAUCUUCGCCUAUGCUCUGCGGCCCAUGUUCAUCAAGCCGGACUUGGUGCCAGUUGAUGGCUGGGUUGUGUGCAACUUCCUCGUCAUGGCCUGCUUCGACUACUUCAUGCUGGUCAAUGUUGGGUGGCAUGCGAUGCUCUACCUCCUGCUCUCCACCUUUUUUGCUGGCUCCAUUCAUCCAACCGCAGGCCACUUCAUUGCAGAGCACUACGUGAUGGAUGGCCAGGCUGAGACCUACUCGUACUAUGGGCCUCUGAACCGGUUUGCCUACAACGUGGGCUACCACAAUGAGCACCACGACUUCCCGAACAUUCCCUGGUCCAACCUGCCCAAGGUCCGGGAGAUCGCGCCGGAGUACUACGACACGCUGCCGCAGUGCAAGUCCUGGCCAGGCGCCAUUUUGCGCUACAUCUUCGAUGACUCCAUCAGCCCCUUCAGCAGAGUGAAGCGAGUCAGGAAGUACGAAUAAGUCGCCGGCGCGCCAGCUAGCUGCACCAGCGCAGUAAAUGUUGUUUUGCAGCACCCUGGCACGGCAAUGGUGCCAAUAGCCAAAGAUGGCCAAAGCAGCAGCCGGGCCGAAUUCGGGCGUGUUGAAGCCACGUUACGUGGGAGACAACACGCUCCAUGCACUUGCAAUGCUGGGGAGGCACAAGCAGGAAC